AUGCCCGUUCUAGAGGUCACCAGCACUGCGGACUUCCAGCAGAAGAUCUUACAGUCCCAAGAUCUUGUUAUCCUCGAUUGCUACGCAGAAUGGUGUGGUCCAUGCAAAACGAUUGCCCCCCAGAUGGAAACCUGGAGUGACCAAUACACUCAAAUCAAAUUCUACAAGCUCGACGUGGAGAAGGUCGGAGAGGUUGCCCAUGAGCUCGAUGUUCGUGCCAUGCCAACUUUUAUGCUUUUCAAGGGUGGCGAAAAGGUUACGGAGAUUGUGGGUGCAGAGCCAAAGAAUGUCGAGGAAGGGAUCCGGUCUCUUCUUGUUGAAGCGCCUUAA